AUGUGUGUCUUUAAUAGCAUUCCUGAUGACAUGUUCCCUGUUAUCAGUUACUUAGGGGCCAUUCACUGCAAUAUACUGGCCAUCCAGAUCAGCAACGAUGAUACUACCAUUAAGCUACAGCCGAUAGAAUUCAUCUGUGUCAUGAUAUGGCGUUUUCUGGAGGUUAUGUCACGUGUAGUGAUUCUGGCAUUUUUUGCUGCAUCUCUGAAACUGAAGAGCCUACCCUUUUUCUUAAUCAUAUAUUGUGUACCAUUGUUGGCACCGUGGCUGGAGUUUUGGAAAAGUGGAGCUCAUCUUCCUAACAACACAAAAAUAAUUCCAAUGUGGUGGGUAAGUACUGAUGCUUAUCUUGAUCACACUACUCUAUGCUGCAAUCAAUUCUCCUGCUGGUCAGCAGUGAAACUGCAGUUGUCGGAUGAGGAAAUAAUUGACAGGAGACAGAGGUGGGGCAUAGAUUCCUACACUACAGCUUUCAGUUUUUAGAAAAUGUGAUAAUGAUAUUGGUAUCUAGGUUCAUUGGAGGGAAAACUUUGCUGAAUUGUUGUGACUCAUUAAUUGUCAUACAGCUCAUCAUAACCUACCUAUUGGCCAUUGGCUUUAUGCUCCUCUUCUGUCACUAUUUGCACCCCAGGUGGUCAGGUAAAGUGUUGCCAGGACAUACUGAAAAUCAACCAGAAGCACUGUAAUAUUAUGUAAACAUCUAUAGAAAAUUCAAUUAAAAGAAUAAAAAUAAGCAGCUGAGGAAUUACUACCACUCCUGGAGUAGGGCUGAAUAUUUUUCAAUCAAAAGUAUGUCAUAUUCAUAAAAUAUACAUACAUACUUUCACAGAACAAUGAGUAAAGAUGCUGAAUGUGACCUUAUUUAGAGGCUCUUAAACUAAAAUAAGUUAUACACAGAAAAAUCUUAGAAGUGGUUUCUAAUAAAAUUCAUUUUUCU